GGCAGUAUGAGGAGAGGGAAGAAUCAACAAAGUAGGGGAAAGACCAUGUGUUUAACAAGACCCUGACAAGACCACACGAGGACCCGGCACGCGCAGAAGUAAACAACCAGACAAGACAAAUUUUUUGAUACACAGGUCGCUGAUCGCGAGACACAGCAUCAAACAUGGACGUUGGCGUGGCACGAUUCCUUGAAAGCCGGAUUGAAGAGAUUCGAGCAUUGAGUCAGCGCAUCAACACAGGGCGACCAAUGUUGGCCUUCCAGCGGCUACCUAGGCACAUGAAGCGCAGGGUGAUGGGUCACUCGAGCAAGCGCAUCCCGCGCUCCAUCCUGGAUCUGCACCUGAAGCAACAGGCGAAGAGCGGAGCGCCCAAGAAGAUGAAAAUGCCUAGCAGGAAGCACCGGAGGCGGCCGAAGAACGCCAGAACCGAGUUUGAGCGGCGCCAGGAGGGUGUCAAUCGGUGGCUGGAGACGCACCUUUGGCACGCAAAGCGCUUCCGCAUGGUCACCAGGUGGGGCUUCAAACUGGCCGAAACUCCAUGCGACAAGGGCUGGAGGGCGUGCUGGCGAGCUUCGAUCAGUCAUUGCCUCAUGUUUGACUUAUCUUACACGCUCUGCGUCGAGCUCAGCGGCAGAGAGAGCGACCUUUUCUCCACUUUGGAAAAGCUCACCUCUGAGGACUGCAGGGCCAACAAUUUAAAUCCAGAGGUGGCCGCUGGGUCAAAGGAAGGCCAAAUUGUCCUCUACACACCAGGAGAAUAUCCAAAGGGAUGCAUUGGACCUGCUAAGUUGAUGUGGAGGCCUCAGGGAGCAGAGGAGACAAGGCAGCUGUGGUUGUGGUGCCACCCUGGGCUCAGGAAUGAAGUUCUGGAGAAUAUGUCCAAAGUCAUUGGGGACAAACAGGUCACUGUAACUGCCUUGGAUGAGGAGUUUAACAGGUACAGAUUGGUUGGCCCUCUCACCAUGCCAGUUCUCCGUGAUGCAAUAGUCUCAUUUGACGGCACCAAUCCUCCAGACUGGCUAGACAAGACUCUCUUUCAAAAUCAGACAGAAGUUUGGACUCAACUCAGAAAUACUGGACAAGCAGUACAAAACGCAAUUGUCGGACUCACUGUCAAAUCCGUUUCUAGAAAUGCCAUCCCUAAGAGAAAAAAAUCGCUAAAGUCAGAAGAGCAUGUGAUGGAAACAGAUCAAAUUUGUCAAAGUACUGACUCACAGUUGUGGAGCAAGGAGGUGCGGAGUCAGGUUGUGACGUCAUUGGAAAGCCCAGCUCCAGUGAUGCUCGUCCAUCAACCUGCUCCGAAUGGAAAACACGGUGAGGGCUGGGACCUGAUCACCCCUCGAAAGCAUGGAUUGCAGUUGUGGCUCAGGAUGAUCAUGUGCGGGGCCAGGGUAGGUGCCCUCAAGCAGUACCUGGAGCUCAACUGGAACAACUUGAAUGCUGAAGAUCUUUGCUUGUAUCCGGACUCUCUUAUGGGAAAUUCGGAAGAAAAAGACCUAAGCCAAAGAGAAAAAGAUAGAUUUGACUCAUUGCCACCAAAUAAGAGGCUAGGGGUGCCUUGGUUUACCCUUCCAUGGCAGCAGUUAAUCAAUGAAUGGUCCAUGACUGGUGCUGGUUCGUUUUUUGUGAUUAGAGACAAGACACAGCUUCAGAUGGCAGAUCAGUUCAUGGAGAAAAGGGAAGAGUGCAAAUUCGGAGCUGAGGAAGGCUUGGUAGCCAUUCUAGUUUGCCUGGAAAACGGCGGAAACCUGGAAAGGGGGUCUGCAGUGUGUCUGCCUGCUGGGCCAGACGACCUUUCAAACCCACGAAAAGAGGACGCAAGUCUGAGAGCUCUGCAGAGGCGUCUUCAGCCUGAAGAUGGUUUGAAGGUCAGUGACAUUUUUUCGCGCCGUGUGGCGGGAUUUGUGUUAGAGGGUGGAUAUAGCUUCCACCGAGGAUGCAGUGCCGGUGUUGCAUUUGUUACUGCGGCUGCUGUAAAGCAGCUUUUCUCAACUUCAGUGUGGAAUGAAUGUUUACAAGUGCUCAUAAUUAACAAAAGAUGUCCUCUUUAUAGAAAUGCUAGUGUCAAAAUCGUAUAAAAUCAGAAUUCAUUGUUGUUGGUUUGCUAAAGAAAACAUCGCUUUUUAUUUACACCUAA